AUGGUCAUGGAACAGUACCCUCAGGACGAUCUAGAUCAGGGCUACAGCAUUGAUCAGAACAAAAUGCUCUCCGCCAAAGUCUCGCCGGGGAACUUGGAGCAAGCCGACACUUCUGUCGAUUCUGGUCAGCCUCAAACUGCUGCUCCUUUCCAACAGUUCCAUCCAUCUAUUUUGCUCUCUCAACUCCGUGAAAGCGAGCCUCAAGACAGCCCAGGUCACACUCGCGGCGUUGAUCAGGUCAACAUCGCUCCUGCUGAUCCGUCUCCCGAGCAAAGACUCCGUAGCAAUGAGCAAACCCCCUUCUCCGCAGACGGAAGUCAAAUCUCUCUCCAACAAGACGCUCUCUCUCCGACCACAGCUUUUCCUCAAGACGGCUCUGUGCUGCUUGGAAUUCCCAACAGACCCGUAAGCUUCCUUGCACCCCUGGUUGCAAGGCCCAGCCUCGCCGAUACGGACCUGGCACUGGCCAACAUGACUGAGCUGCAGAGCUCCCCUAGCCGUGUCCUCCCGAUCGGCGAGCUCAUCAUCUCAAACGCUAAACGCACCUACACUAUCUGGAUCCACAAGCAACCCAAACCUGACAUAAUCUCAAUUCAAAUCACCAUGACCAACGUCAAUACCACGACCAGCUUCACGAGCUACAGUGGUGUUUCUCGUUGCUCUCCUUCGGAGAUUCCCCAGGACUUCAGUAGCUUGCUCCGUGCUCAGGGCAUCGAGUUGAUGAGUUUGAAUGUCGUGGAGGGGAGUUUUGUGGCUGCGGUUGAUACGAAUAAGGGACGGGAGGUGUUGAGGAAAGGGGCUCUGCAUGUUGUUAGAUGA